AUGCCACAAAGAAUUGAGCUUACAUCGGAACCAGUGAGAAGACCUCAGUCUUCCGGAAGUUCAUUGAUCAGAAAGAUCCAAAGAGCAUGUAAAUCCACAUUACCUGAACCAGAUUUGGGUCUUAAUCUAGACGUAGCCGAUUUUAUCAACUCAAAGCAAGGAGCUACACCAAGGGAAGCGGUCCUGACGAUUGGAAAACUAAUAAAUAAUGGCGACACCCAAACGGCUGUUUUUGCCCUUUCUCUACUAGAUGUCUUAGUAAAAAACUGUGGCUACCCACUGCACCUACAAAUAUCCAGAAAGGAAUUCUUAAAUGAUCUGGUGAAAAGGUUUCCAGAACGGCCGCCUUUGAGGUACUCUAAGGUCCAACAAAUGGUUCUCGAAGCUAUCGAGGAAUGGUACCAAACUAUCUGCAAACACGCCAGUUAUAAGGAUGACCUUCAAUAUAUUAGUGACAUGCACAAAUUAUUGAAAUACAAGGGAUAUGCCUUCCCCAAGGUUGAAAGUGAAAACUUGGCGGUAUUAAGACCGAAUGACAGACUAAGGACCCCGAGUGAGCUACAAGAAGAACAGGAAAUAGCCCAAGCUGCCAAAUUAGAAGAAUUAUUAAGAAGCGGUAAGCCGGACGAUUUGAAAGAAGCUAAUAAACUGAUGAAAGUUAUGGCAGGUUUUAAAGACGACACUAAAUUAGCUGUCAAACAGGCGAUCAAUAAUGAAUUAAACAAACUUAAAAGAAAGGCAGAUUUGUUCAAUGAAAUGCUUACUUCUACCGAUGAACCCGACCUAGAAAACGAAACUGUUCAAGAACUGUAUGGCGAUUUAAAAUCUGCGCAGCCAAAGUUCAAAAAACUUAUUGAGGAGGAACAUGAUGACGAUAUGCUAGUUGAAAACUUAUUGAAAUUUAAUGAACUGGUGCUCCAACUGUUAGAGAAGUACAGGUCAAUAAAAGGUGUAAAAGGUGAAGAAAAAAGUUUCAACAGCGCGACAGAACCUUCAAAAGAGGUUAGCUUAAUUGAUUUUGGUGAUGAUUCAAGUUCGAGCGCUCCUCCUGCCCCAUCCUUGAGCAAAUCACCACAGCCGAUCGAGGAUCUCUUGGGCGACUUCAAUGACCUAAGCAUGUCAUCAUCGUCAAAGCCCCAAGAAAACACCACCAGAACUACUAAUCUGUCCAAUAAUAAUAAAUCAAAGACUGCAGACAUUGAUUUAUUAGAUUUUUACCCGCCAUCUCCAGAAAAUAAAGCUUCUGAAUUUCCGGAUACCAACUCGUUUGAUUUACUUAGUGAUUUGAUGGAUAACUCGAAUAGUUCCAAGAAAAGUAUUCACCAAUCGCAAAGGCCAACACUUCACGAAUCUGAUUAUUUGAAAAUUGAUUACGAAAUAGUUCGCGAGUCACCAACAAAACUAAAACUAGCCAUAUACUACUCCAACCUAAGCAGUGGUCCGAUUACUGAUUUAGCUUUUCUAUUGGCAUCUCCUCGAAAUACUACUUUGUCUUUGCAACCACAAUCAGGCAAUUUUCUUGAAAAUAACGCGAAAGAUGGCAUAAAACAAACUGCUUUCAUCGAAGGAACUCCUUUAAAUUCAGACAAGGCUAUCAAGUUGAAAUGGAAAGCUAACUACAAAGCCAUGGAUGCAGCAAGAGAAGAAUUUGGCACGGCAACUUUAUCUAAAAUAUGA